UCGCGGUUCGAUUGGUCUUUUGUUUAGUAAAGAUGGUUUUUCUGAUGGGGAAAAUUGGUACCCAUUUUUAGAUUCGUAUUUGUUGAUAUCUGAUUGGUGAUUGAAUUUGAAGUUUGAAGCAAUCAUUUUCUUGCCCCUUAUUUGGUUUCUGUGGACUUGCUUAGUUUAAAAGCCAUUCUAAAAGUCUUUAGCUGAAUCUACAAGUUGUUGUAUAUGAAUGCCGAUUGGUCUUCAUCCACACUUUUAUUUUGCAGUCUGUGGCAUACUGGAUAGAUGCACUAUGCAGAUAUCACGAACAGCUCUUCUCCAAGGAAGAGCUUUGGAUGGGGCUAUUUUUGGAGGGAGCCGCUCCUACAAGGUUUCUCUAUCUUUGGUUUUUGUUUUGUGGGGACUUCUCUCUCUCUUCAGCUUGUGGCUUUGUCAUGGUGAUGGUCAUAGAGGUGGGUCUGUAGUCCUUGGCUUAUCAACAUGGGAUGAAGCUAAGAUGGGACACAAUGAACAUGCUGAUUCUCCUGGUCAAUGUUUGGUGGGCGAAUCUUGUUCUUUUUCUUCUCAUGAUGGUUUUUGUUCAAAUAUUGCUGAGACCACAGAUCUUCAUGAUGAUUCACCAGCAAGUGAUGAAACUAGCAAAACUCUUGUCUCUACUAAUGAGCAACUUGAUGCUGGAAACUCUGUUGCAGAUAUAAAAUCUGAAAAUAGCUCUCCAAAGUCUGAUAGACUGUCCCACACCCUGCCUCCUGGUCUUGACGAAUUCAAGAGCCGAGCAUUCUUUUCUAAAAGUAAAUCUGGUACUGGUCAGGCAGGAGUAAUGCAUAGGUUGGAGCCUGGGGGUAAAGAAUACAACUAUGCCUCAGCUUCAAAAGGAGCAAAGGUCCUGGCAUACAACAAGGAAGCAAAGGGUGCCUCUAAUAUCUUAGGCAGAGAUGAGGACAAGUACCUACGAAAUCCCUGUUCAGCCGAAGAGAAAUUUGUUGUUAUAGAACUUUCAGAAGAAAUUUUAGUAGACACCAUUGAAAUAGCAAAUUUUGAACAUUACUCCUCUAAUCUGAAACAAUUUGAGUUGCUUGGGAGUUUGGUUUUCCCAACAGAUGUUUGGACUAAUCUGGGGAACUUUACUGCUGCCAAUGUGAAGCUUUCUCAGAGAUUUGUUCUUCAGGAACCAAAGUGGGUUAGGUAUUUGAAGUUAAACCUUCUGAGCCAUUAUGGUUUGGAAUUUUAUUGUACGCUGAGUGUUAUUGAAGUGUAUGGAGUGGAUGCAGUAGAGAGAAUGCUGGAGGAUUUGAUCUCUGUUCAGGAUAAUCUCUUUGCACCUGAGGAUGGAGUCCGUGAUCAGAAACCAAUGGCAUCACAAGCAGAGUCCACUCAUCGCGAUGAUAUACAAAAAAGUUCACACAAGGAAAUGGGAUCUGAGCCUUCAGUGGAGAACUCAAAUGCGCAGUUUGAUGCUACAAAUGUUGCUCCCAAUCCAGUUGAAGAAAUUCGUCAUCAACAAGUUGGCAGAGUACCUGGAGACAGUGUUCUAAAAAUUUUGAUGCAGAAAGUUCGAGCUUUAGACUUAAGUUUAUCUGUUUUGGAGCGGUACUUAGAAGAGUUGAAUUCCAAGUAUAGCAAUAUUUUUAAAGAAUUAGAUGAAGACAUAGGAGAAAAAGAUAAACUGCUGGAUAAAAUUAAAGCAAAUAUAAAAGAUCUCCUCGACAACCAGAAUAUCAUUGCUAAAGAUGUUGCUGAUAUUGCAUCCUGGAAAUCUCUGGUUUCUGUACAGCUGAAUGCUUUAGUCAUAGACAAUGCUGAUCUCAGGUGGAAAGUUGAAAAAGUUUUGGAAAGACAGACAUCGAUGGAGAAUAAGUUCAUGGCGGUAUUUGUUGUAACCUUAGUUUUCGGAUUGUUUGCUAUUGUGAGGCUAUUGGUAGAUAUGUUGUUGAGCAUUUACAUGUCAUUUAUUAGUGUUGAAAGAAUGGAGAAGCCGAGGAAAUUUUGGUCGCGUAGCUCUUCCUGGCUCUUGUUGCUAUGCAGUUGUAGCAUAAUCAUUUUUAUAUUAUCUAUUUAAAUAUAUGUUUUAUGAUGGCAUUUACAU